AUGUACGAUGAUGCUGUAAUAAUCAGGCAGUCGGAGAAAGAGGAUGAGCCGUGUGUGAUUACUGUGAAUUGUCCGGACAAGACUGGUUUGGGCUGUGAUCUUUGCCGGAUAAUACUGUUUUUUGGACUCACAGUUGUUAGAAUUGACGUGUCGACUGAUGGGAAAUGGUGCUACAUAGUUUUCUGGGUAUUUGGCAAACCGAGCACUCGAUGGAGCUUGUUGAAAAAAAGAUUAAUGGGGGCAUGCCCAUGUUUACUAUUGGCUUCUGGGAUUUCAUACUAUGGGGACGAUUGCAAAUCACCUAAGCCAGAAGAUGUUUUUCUUUUGAGAUUCUGUUGUAAUGAUCGUCUGGGCCUUCUGCACGAUGUAACUAAAGUUCUCUGUGAGCUCGAGCUUACAAUAGAGAGAGUGAAGGUCUCAACAACUCCGGAUGGAAAAGUCAUGGACCUCUUCUUUGUAACCGACACAAGGAAACUUCUGCACACAAAAACGAGAAAAGACGACACUUUCGACCAUCUAAAAGCAAUUAUUGGAGAUGCAAAUAUCAGUUGCGACAUAGAGCUCGUGGGCCCCGAGACUGUGUCCUCUUCUUCUCAAGAACCCUCGUUUGUUUCGGACUCGAUUGCCCGUAAAAUGUUCGGUAUGGAUAAUCUGGACGAAAGUCGAGUCGAUUCAGUUGCAUUCAAAUGCCCAUCCAUCACUAUUGAUAACUCGUUGAGUCCUUCCCACACGCUCGUCCAAAUCAUUUGCGAGGACCAUAAAGGCCUUUUGUACGAUAUCAUGCGGACUUUGAAGGAUUACAACAUACAGAUUUCGUAUGGUCGCCUCACAAAGAAAGGGGAUACCGAAUGCGAGCUUGAUUUAUUCAUCAUGCAAGAAGAUGGUAAGAAGAUAGUUGACCAAGGCAAGCAGAGCACGUUGACCGCCCGUCUCGAGAUCGAGCUCAGCCGACCCCUGAGAGUGGGCCUGAUCAGCCGUGGGCCGGAUACCGAGCUUCUGGUCGCGAACCCGAUCGAGCUAUCGGGAAAGGGCCGCCCUUUAGUUUUCCACGAUAUAACCCUCGCUCUCAAGUUGCUUAACAAACCAAUCUUUUCGGCUGAAAUCGGAAGGUAUGAAAUUGGCGGUCGUGAGUGGGAGGUUUAUCGGGUUCUACUCGACGAAGGAGAAGAUAGCUCGAUUUCGGAGGAAGAUAUUAAAAAGACUGUCUGGAAGAUGUUAAUGAGUUGGGAGGAACACUAA